CUCCUGCCAAGUUCCAAUACCGUUUCGCCGUUGUGCGCCUUCCGCAAAUAUAACAUUCAAGACAUAUUUAUAACAUGCACAAACGUUGGAAUUUCAACCCGAUGAUAAUCUUGUACCCUUGCACUACUGUGUAGUACCAAUCAUGCUCGUGACGCUCUGCAUACUUUAUCACACGCUCGCCUACUUCCUUGGUUAUCUAUGGACUCUUAUCUCCCCUUUGAGGUCCAUUUUGAGCUGUGCCAUCGAUGCUACAACGUACCACCCAACGAUUGGGCGAAACAUCAUCGUCGAUAUCAUCAUGUCCAUCUGCACACUUCUUGUUUGGUCAACUCUCGUGGGGUGUAUGCUACUGCGCAAAGAAGAAACUGCAAAACCAUCAUGCGCACCACCACCUCAUGUUUCGUUGAACCAAGCAAAUGAGAGCAUGAUGAACGCACUAAAAGCAGUGCAAAAGGCGAGGGAUGACUUCAAAGAGAUGGAAGACACUUCGGCCACCACAAUAGAGGCGUUGUUGCGCUUGAGGCAGGCUGGGAAGGAUAUGCGCGAAAUCCAUCAGGCGCUUGUGGAGAUGUCGGACAUGUUCGACCAACGAACUGAACGGCAGUUGUCCCGCACUUUCCCCACCAAUUCAGGUGGAGCGAGAUAAAUUUCAGAUGAGAUUUGCGAAAUUUCGAGUUUUGAGUGGGAGGUUCUUCGUAUGCAUGCGACAUCCGUUGUUAUUUGC